GCAAACAUUGGACCACCACCCAUCUCAUCACCUAGCUACACCCUCUAAUUUUGGGAACAAUUUAGCUCAACACACAGGCAUCUCUUCUCAUUUCUUUUCACUUUCUCUCUCUAAAACAACUCUGUGACUAUGUUGUUGUAUUGAAUUUUGAUCAGAGUCUCUGGCCCAACAGCGCAACAGAUGAGCUGCAUACCAAAACCCCUCUGAAAAAGCCUGGAGCCAACUCUAGUUUAGGAUUCUCUUGUAGGGACUCGUGCCCUCCCUCCAAAUAUCUCUCUCUAUAUAUAUAAUUAGAUAUAUAUAAGUGUGUGUAUAUAUAUAUACACAUAUAAUCACUAAUAGUAAUUUUUUUGGGUCACUGUGGAAUGGGUUUUAACUUUGGAGUUCAAUUUUCGUGCAAAGCAAACAACCUAUGGCGGCUUGUAGCAUGUGUACCAGGCAAAGGACACUGAUUUGUUUCUGUUCAUGGUCCUGUGUUUGAGUACUUUGCGAAACAGGGUGUUUCAUGUAGUAGUAUUAUUCUUAUUACAUGCUUUCAUUUCAAAUUAAAAAAAUGCAAUUAUUUAUCUGUUAGGUAAUUUAAUUAUUAUUCAGGACUAGUAUUUUAAACUCCCUUAUAUUUAAAUUAAUUUUUUUAAUUUAUGGGUGGAUAUGAAAUAAUUGAGGAAGUCUUUUUGGAUGUAUUUAUAUCAUGGUGCAUUGACCCACACUUAGGCUAGGCUAGAGAGAGGAGAGAGAAAAUAAGUAGUGAGUGAGAGAGAGAGAGAGAGAAUAAGUAGUGAGAGGGAGAGAGCAGAGGUAUCUCUCAAAAAUGAUAUCAUGGCUUGAAGCAGGUCAUCAUUGAUGAUCACCGCCUAUUUGAUCUUCUAUUUCUGAGAAGAUAUUUGAUCUGCUUUCCUUGGUUGGCCUUCACUGUACACCAUAUAUAACAUGAUGGCUUGUUAAGAAGCCCUCUAAAACCAAGUUAUUCCACUUUCCUGGAUCGGUAUACUCUCUCUCUCUAUAUAUCUAUAUAUUUGUAUUUAUGUAACAAGUGAAGAAAAAAGGGUUUUUUUGAGCAAAAGGUUGCAGAGCCAUGAAAACCUCAUUAUAUGGCAAGAUCUAGAGGCACAAAGAGCAAAGAAAACAACAACAACAACAACAAAAAGCAAGUCUUGGAUGUGUUAUGAUUCAAUGGAACUUCAAAGUGCUGAAGAGAAACGAUCAACUGGCUAUUGUUACUCUGAUAUUUCGUCUGCUAAACCAAAUAUUCAAACCCAUCUGGUGAAUCAGCUUCAAAGCUUUGAGUCCAACUCAGAGAUCUACAGCUUGAGUAGCACAGGUAUGGAGAUAAUAGGGUUUCCACCAAAGAAUCUACAGCAGCAGCAACAGAGUAGUCAUGACACCAACUCAGGUUUAUGGAAAGGGUUCUUCACCAAGUCCGGCGGCGGUCCGUCGUCUUCUUCUUCCAAGGCGGCCAUCAUGAGUGAUUUUUAUCAGCAUGAUCAGUUCAACAAGCCUGAUUUCACAUAUGGUGAUCAAACCCUAUCUUGGCAUGAUCAGAAUAGGGUUCUUGUUGAUGAUUCAUCUUUGAGGUGUGUGUUUCCUUGUGAAGGAAAUGAAAGGCCUAGUCAAGGCCUAUCACUCUCUCUUAGUUCAACUCAUCCUUCUACUCUAGGGUUACAGUCCUUUGAGCUGAGACAGGAGGGUACUCAUGGUCAUGAUCAAUUAAGGUUUGUUUCUUCAAGCUCUAGAUCAUCAGAUGGGUUGUAUGGAAAUUCCAUGAUGCAAGAUGGGUUUUUGGGAAAAGCUUCAAUUCUUCAACAUCAAGGCCAUUUCAUGAUCAAGAACUCAAAGUACUUGGGUCCUGCUCAGCAACUUCUGAAUGAGUUCUGUGACCUUGGAACAAAGCAAACUGAUCACCCAAUAAAGAUAAAGCCCCACAAGACCACCCAACUGUGGCAGGAUGAGAAUGCAAUGUCUUCUUCUUCAAAAAAACAUUCUCUGUAUACCCUUGAACUCCUUGAAUUGCAGAAGAGGAAAACAAAGCUACUUUCAAUGCUUGAAGAGGUGGAUAGAAGAUAUAGGGGCUACUGUGAUCAAAUGAAGGCGGUAGUAUUGUCAUUUGAGGAGGCGGCCGGCAAUGGUGCGGCGACGGUGUACUCGGCAUUGGCUUCUAAGGCCAUGUCAAGGCAUUUCAGGUGUCUAAGAGAUGGGAUUGUGGAUCAGAUUAAGGCUACCAAGAAGGCCAUGGGAGAGAAGGACACAGUUGCACCGGGGACGUCACGCGGUGAGACUCCGAGGCUUAGGGCUCUUGAUCAAGCCUUGAGGCAACAGAGGGCCUUUCAGCAGAUGGGCAUGAUGGAGAGUCAUCCUUGGAGACCCCAACGUGGCCUACCGGACCGAUCCGUGUCGGUUCUUCGAGCUUGGCUCUUUGAGCACUUCCUCCACCCGUACCCAACUGAUGUAGAUAAACACAUCUUAGCCCGCCAAACUGGUCUAUCAAGAAGCCAGGUAUCUAAUUGGUUCAUUAACGCUAGAGUGAGGCUAUGGAAACCCAUGGUUGAAGAGAUGUACUUGGAAGAAACAAAGGAACAAGACAAAUCCGCUUCCUCGGACGAAAUUGCAGCCCUUGGUGAUGACAAUGGCCGGCCUAAUCAAAGUUCUCAGGCACGUCACGAUGAUAAGAAACCGACACCUGCCCAACUUGUCCGAAUUGAUUCGGAGUGUCUCUCAUCCAUCAUCAAUAACCCUGAGAAAAAUGACACUCCUAAAUAUCACAACUUGCACCACCACCACCACCACCAGCAUACCAACUCAUUUGGGGCAGUGGAAUUGGACUUCGCGUCAUACGCGCGUCAGCAUUUUGGUGGCGGCGGCAAUGGGAGUGGCACCGGCGACGUGUCUUUAACCUUGGGUUUGCAGCAGCAUGGUGGGAGUGGGGUGAGUUUGGCAUUUUCGCCACCAUCACAUAAUUCUCUAUUGUACCCUAGGGAUCACAUUGAAGAUUGCCAAACAGUUCAUCAGUACUCGCUUUUGGACGGUGAAGGACAGAAUUUGCCUUACAGGAACCUGAUGGGUGCACAGUUGCUUCAUGACUUGGCUUGAUAUGGAGAGAGAGUUAAGAAGAAAAGAUGAGGGAUCGACCGGUGACCUUGGCCGGAGUUCUUGUUAGAGGAGGCUGAUGGUAGAUGACUACAUGGGACGAUAUAGUAUGAAGCUCAAAACUUGAUUUAAACAUACAUUAAUUAAGGUAUACUUGAUUGGGGGUAGGAAAGAAAGGGGUUAGAUAUAGAAUGGAAAAUCGAUGAGUCUGAUAGCUAGUUUCUUUUGCAUGCAUGGUUUAAUUUUGUGGCUUGGAAUGGAAUGCUAGAAUAUAAAGAUGUUUCUUUGGCUCUUUUGGGUAGAUUUUGUAAUCAGACAAAUUAAUAUAGGAGCAUGGUAUAUUGUGUUUUCUCUAUCAAAGAAGAGUACCUUUUGAUGA